AUGGAAGAAUCCGAAUGUCCACUCUCGGUGCGGAAUGUUAUCGUGGAGCAAGUCCCAGAGCUCCCAGACAUCCGGGGCUUGUUUGGAGAUGCUUUGAUUGACAUGUACACAGAGAUUCAUACUGAGGUCACUAUGUGGCAGCAGAUUUGGCAGACGGUGCACCAUAAACAGGGUAACAGGCUGAAGACACCUCACUCCCCCCUGGAUGACCCCCCUGCCAUCAAGGAGCUGCUGAAAUCGAUCCAACUGCUGCUGGCGACCGUGAGGGAGAGAGCAGCCUUGGAGGGCAGGGAUGGAGAUGCAGACAUAUUCCGGUACAGUCCUAGUGUGGUGAAUUACGCCUUGGGUGUCCAUAACAACCGUUGUGACAAUGUGAAUAUGUAUUCCUGUCCUGUCAUCGACAGUGAAUAG